AUGAAGAAAAAGGACAAAACAUUCACAGGCAGCUGGAGCCGUGAUGACAAUCCUGCUUCUUCUGCAGUGAAGAAACGCCUCCCCAGUCUGAAGUUGUUCCUCGCAGCCUUGUCCUUUGCUUACUUCGCCAAGGCUUUAUCUGGCAGCUACAUGAAGAGCACAAUUACACAACUGGAGAGGCGCUUUGACAUUCCCAGCUAUCUGAUCGGCAUUAUAGAUGGAAGCUUUGAAAUAGGGAAUUUGCUGGUAAUUGCUUUUGUGAGUUAUUUUGGUGCCAAGCUCCAUCGGCCAAAGAUCAUAGCAGUGGGCUGUGUCGUGAUGUCAUUAGGGACCUUCUUGAUGGCCAUGCCCCAUUUCUUCAUUGGCCGCUAUAAGAUUGAAACAACAGUUAGAUCUUCAGUGAAUUCAACCAAUAAUCUCCAUCCAUGUCCUGCAAGCUCAUCUGAGACCUCCAGGGAAGGUGGCAGAGCGUCUUUACUGUCCUCUAGAGGGUGUGAGCAGGAGUCCACUGUUUCAUUGUGGAUCUACGUGUUACUGGGAAAUGUCCUGCGUGGGAUUGGAGAGACACCCGUUCAGCCUUUGGGAAUCUCCUAUAUUGAUGAUCACGCACUGUCUGAAAACGCUGCUCUCUACAUCAGCUGUGUCCAAUCCAUAGCCAUUAUCGGUCCCGUGUUCGGGUACUUGCUGGGGUCGCUGUGUGCAAAGAUCUAUGUUGAUAUUGGCUACGUGGAAAUGGAGACGAUCAGCAUCACCCCUGGCGAUGCCCGCUGGGUGGGGGCGUGGUGGCUCGGCUACCUCAUUGCUGGAGCCAUCAGUCUCAUGUCAGCCGUUCCUUUCUGGUUCCUGCCAAAAUCACUGCCGGUGCCUGUUGAUACACAUGACAGGAGCUGUACUCCAGACCAAACCAGGUUUAUCAAAGAUUCUCCAACCAUGGACCACAAGGUGCGGCAGGAAGAGCCAGCUAAUCUACAUCAGAUGGCCAGUGAAUUUGUGCCUACGCUGAAGAGUCUCCUUGGAAAUCCAGUGUACAUCAUCUACCUUUGUGUGACGAUCAUCCAGUUCAACUCUCUCAUCGGUAUGGUCACCUACAAACCCAAAUACAUCGAGCAGCACUAUGGCCAGUCGGCAUCCAUGGCUAAUUUCCUAAUGGGCAUGGUUAACAUCCCCGCUGUGGCCCUUGGGAUGUUCUCUGGAGGUGUUAUCAUGAAGAGGUACAAGUUGAACAUCAUGGGAGCAGCUAAAUUUGCCUUUGGGACUUCGCUGCUCGGCUACUUCCUGUCUCUCCUCUUCUUAGCCUUGGGCUGUGAGAACUCCAAGGUGGCGGGGAUCACAGUGUCCUAUACUGGAGUGGAAGGUUUGUCCGAUCGGGACUGGUCUGUCUUCGCUGACUGUAAUUCGGGCUGCUUGUGCUCGAGCAAAGAGUGGGAUCCAGUGUGUGGAGGCAAUGGGAUCACCUACGUGUCCCCUUGUUUAGCUGGAUGCAUCUCGUCCUCUGGCUCUGGAAAGAGCACGGUGUUUGACAAUUGCAAGUGUGUUAGUUUGACUGAAAGCCCACCGGGGAACCUGACGGCCACUUUAGGCAAGUGUCCACGCAGAGACAGCUGUGACAAAGUCUUUCCUUACUUCCUGGCUCUGUCUGUCCUCACUUCCUUCAUCAUCUCUCUUGGAGGGACGCCUGGCUUUAUGCUGCUUGUCAGGUGCAUUAAUCCUGAGUUAAAAUCUCUGGCUCUUGGAAUCCACAUGCUGGUGACUCGAACCCUGGCAGGAAUACCUGCCCCCAUAUACUUUGGAGCCAUAAUUGAUACAACCUGCCUUAAAUGGGGAUACAAGACGUGUGGAGAAACAGGUGCUUGCAGAAUAUACGACACCUCGUCUUACAGGAUAGUGUACCUGGGCCUCACUCUGGGCUUGAGGACAGUCUCUUUCUUCCUUUGCAUUUGGGGUUUUGCGCUGCUCAAGAGGCACGUUAAAAGUGUGGAGAAGCGGACUCUGAGCGGCGGGAACGCUGAGCUGGAGUCGCUGAGGAAAGAGGAGCACACCUCCAUACACUGUGAACAGUUUCUACUGGCCUUGGACUGUGACCCGGACAAAGAGACUCGCUUGUGAGCUCCGGCCCGUCCCCUGCUGCCGAGGCCCAGCUCACGCCUCACGUGCACUGAGGUGAGCACACUGUGGACAGUUUUCAUAGCACACAGAUGUAUA